AUGUCUUACCGCGACGAAUACAACAACAACGGCUCCGGCGCCGGCGCCAACUACUACGACCAGAAGCAAGACUUCUCCGGCCGUGACAACUCCAACUCCAACUCCUACGGCAACCAAGGCAAUCAAAACUACGGCCGUCAGGAAAGCCACGGAAACUACGGCUCCAACGACAACUACGGCAACCAAGGCAACCAAAGCUACGGCCGCCAAGAAGGAUCUGGAGAGUACGGUUCCAACAACAACAGCGGCAGCUACGGCCAAGAGUCCCACGGCCGUCGCAACAGCGGCAGCUACGGACAACAGGAAUCCCACGGCCGCCGCAACAGCGGAAACUACGGCUCUGACGAUUUCAGCAGUGCCGCAGACCACGCGCAAGAGCACCACGGCAGCGAGGACAAGUCUCUAUUCAGCUCUGCGUUGAACUUCAUCAACGACCGCAAGGGACAGUAUUCUGGAUCUGGUGGUGAUGUUGAUGAGCAGCAUGCUGUGAAUGCUCAUCAGGCGAUGUAUGGAUCAGGCUCGAACUCUAACCAGAACCAUGAUUCCAACACCGUGGGUGCGGGCGCUGCUAUGCAGGCUUUGAAGAUGUUUACUGGUGGUGGCUCUGGUGGUAGUUCCAGUGAUGGGGGUAUGGAUAAGAAUAAGCUUAUUGGACUUGCUAUGGCUCAGGCUGGUAAGCUUUGGGAUGAGAAGCAGGGUAGUGGUGGUAAUGUGUCUGGCGACAAGCAGUCUGCUGUGAACUCUGCUGCUGAGAUGGCUCUGAAGAUGUAUAUGAAGAGCCAGGGUGGUGGUGUUGGUGGUACUGGCGGUGCUGGAGGUGCUAGUGGACUCUUGAGCCUUGCGAGCAAGUUCCUGUAA